AUGCAACCCUUCUCCGUCUUCGUGCGAUGGCGCCCGCUCCCACCCGACGCGUCCGACCCCACGGAACUCACCCGCGACUAUGAACCCCACCCCGCCAACAACCGCAUAUCAAUAUCCCUUCCCUCGCAGAGCCGACAACACCGUCCCUGGAAUAGCAGCCACGCAUUCACGCAGAUCUUCGAAGCAAGCGACACCAACCGCACCGUCUUCGACUCCGUAGUCGCGCCCACCUUGCCCCUGAUCCUGAACGGCGGAACCAGCAACGUCUUCGCCUACGGCCACUCCGGCAGCGGCAAAUCCCACACCAUCAUCGGCUACGACUUCGAGCACACCGAGCACUACGGCCUGUGUCUCGCAGCAGCGCAGCACCUACUGGACGCCCUGCACGCCAUCAAUCUCAAUCUCACCACUAACACCACAGACGAGGCAUCCCACCUCGGCCUCGGCCUCGGGCUCCGCAUGUACGAGCUCCGCGGCAACGAGGCCUUCGACCUCCUCAACGAUCACAAGAAGUGCCACAUCCGCGAGGGCGGCGACGGGAAGACGCACCUCCGCGGCGAGACGGAGGUGCUGGCGCACGGCCGCGUGCGGGUGCGGCCCAUUGCCACGAAAGCGUGCUGGAGCUUGGAGGAGUUCCUCGCCCACCUCCGUGGUGGGUUGGCGUUGCGCGCGACGGGGACUUCGACGGUGCAUGAGCUGAGUUCGCGGACGCAUGCCGUGCUGGAGGUGGAGGUGGUGUCCCGCGCGCUGCUGGCGGCCAGGGAGGCGGUCGUGGAGCGCGAGUCCGAGUUCGUCCCUGUUGCCAAGCGGGCGACGGAUGUUUAUCUGGAGGAAAGUUGGAAGGGGUUGGUGAAGGAUGGGACGGGGAAGUACGUCCCUAAUCCUGAGUAUCGGGUCGAUCAGGCGAGGAUUGACGAGGCAGAGGCUAGAAAGGCGGAGUUCUUGGGGUAUGUGGAGGAUGCAGCGAGGACGGUGGAGGAGGUGAUGAGGACGGCGGGACAUGCCUGUCUUGGGGGUAAGUUGGUAUUGGUGGAUCUGGCGGGGUCGGAGUUCUAUCAUGAUAAGAGUAUUGCGGCGGUGCCACGGCUGAAACCGUCUCCCCAGGAGCAGCGCGAGGGCAGGCAGAUUAAUACGGAUCUGCUCGCGCUGAAGGAGGUGAUUCGUGCCAGGGCUGCGAGGGCGGCCAGGAUCCCGUAUCGGUCUUCGCCGCUUACGAUGGUGCUGAGGGAGCAUUUUCAGGGAACGACGGGUGGGGAUGAGAAGGGCGGUUCUUGUUCGAGGAUGAUUUUGACAGUUUCGCCGGCUUUGGGUCAGGCGGCGGCCACAGUCAAUACGUUGAAGUAUGGGAAUUUGGUUGGGAUGGUAGAUCUUGGUAAGUAG